CCGCCGGCCUGGGAGGAGCGGCGGCGGGCAGCGGGCGCGGGGAGGCGGCUCCCGCCGCUCCUGCGGCCGCGGCCCCUCCUCCCGGCCCGCCCCGCCCGCCGCACACAUGUGCCCGCGCCCCGCCGUCGGGCCGGGCGGGUGCCGUCGCCUCGCCGAGAGCGGGCCGGCAGCGCCAUGGCUGUCGCCUACCUGCUGGGCAACGCGUCCGCGCCGCUCCUCGCCGGAGCGCUGGAGGUCCCGUUCGCCGCCAACGCCUCCGCCUGCCGCCCGCCCGGGCCGCCCUGCCCGGCCUGGGGCAACGCCUCGGCGGCGGCGGGCUGGAACCGCUCCGAGCCCUGCGGUGGCGGCAAUGGCAGCGCGGGCGGCGGCGGGCCCUGCGCGCCCGCGGGCGGCGGCCCCUCCGUGGUCACCGCCAUCGCCAUCAUGGCCCUCUACUCCGUGGUCUGCGUCGUGGGGCUCUUCGGCAACUUCUUGGUCAUGUAUGUCAUCGUCAGGUACACGAAAAUGAAGACUGCCACCAACAUCUAUAUUUUCAAUCUUGCAUUGGCAGAUGCCCUAGCAACAAGUACUCUGCCAUUCCAGAGUGUGAAUUACUUGAUGGGAACUUGGCCAUUCGGUACCAUCCUGUGUAAGAUUGUUAUAUCCAUAGAUUAUUACAAUAUGUUCACUAGUAUCUUCACACUCUGCACCAUGAGUGUGGAUCGCUACGUGGCUGUUUGCCACCCAGUUAAGGCGCUUGAUUUCCGCACCCCCCGGAAUGCCAAAAUUGUCAAUGUCUGCAACUGGAUUCUUUCCUCUGCCAUUGGCCUGCCAGUCAUGUUCAUGGCAACUACUAAAUACAGGCAUGGCUCAAUUGACUGCACCCUUACAUUCUCCCAUCCUGCUUGGUACUGGGAGAACCUCCUGAAAAUCUGUGUGUUCAUCUUUGCCUUCAUCAUGCCGGUCCUGAUCAUUACGGUGUGUUACGGGCUGAUGAUUUUACGCCUGAAGAGCGUUCGCAUGUUAUCCGGCUCCAAAGAGAAGGACAGGAACCUGCGGAGAAUCACAAGGAUGGUUCUUGUAGUGGUGGCAGUGUUUAUUGUCUGCUGGACUCCCAUCCACAUUUAUGUUAUCAUUAAAGCCCUGGUCAACAUCCCAGAAACUACUUUCCAGACUGUCUCCUGGCACUUCUGUAUUGCUCUAGGGUAUACAAAUAGCUGCCUUAAUCCAGUCCUUUAUGCAUUUCUAGAUGAGAAUUUCAAAAGGUGUUUCAGAGAGUUCUGCAUCCCCACUUCCUCAACCAUUGAGCAGCAAAACUCCACCCGAGUCCGACAAAACACUCGUGACCAUGCUUCCACUGCCAACACUGUGGAUAGGACUAACCACCAGUUGGAACUUCAAGAAGCUGAAACUACUCCACUGCCGUGACAGGGUCUCCUGCUGCAUGGCUCUCAGAGCAGUUGCCACUGCCACAGUGUGCUAGUGGGAACAUGUAGGAUAUGCUUUCCCUCAAAAAAAUACCACAGAGGGAAGUGCCUGCUUUUCCAGUCUGUGAAAAAUUGCUUCUGCAGCACACCUGCAUUGCACUUAACAGAAACAUGAAAUGUAACAACGAGCAGAGCCAGGAGAUACAGGGGCCUUCCAGGCUCCAGUGUUCAAAGCAGUCCUGUUUACCAGGAGCACAUUCAUUAGUCUAAAACAAAGCUACUGUGCCUGUAGCAACCUGACACGCUCUUGGUAAGUUACAGUGGUGUUAAAACACAUUGGCGACAAAAAUUCAAAGGCUAGACAACUAUAGCUGGAAAAAUAAGGUGAGCUUUUGAGAAUGGAAAAUGAUGGGAUGUGAAGUUGUAAUACUGUUGGGUACACUAUUUACUCUUAAAAUUUAUUUGUAGAGGUGUUUUCUGUGCAGGUUAUUUACAUGCUGAAGUCUCAUGAGGUCAUGUAGAACAACACAUUUGUAGUUCAAGAGGUCUUCUCUUGCAAGGGUUGCAUGUUCUGCAGUUUCAAAGGAAAAUUUUUUUCAGUGAUCCCUUAAAAAAAAAAAUAAAAAAAAGCAAAACAAAA